GUUAAAAGAUGUAUGUAAAGAUGUCUCCGAUACAUUUAAAGAAUUGGAUGUAAGUGAUGAUCAAUGGCAGAAAACAGAAAUUUUAGUAAAAGCUUUAUUACCUGCUAAGCAAGCCACAGUUCAACUUCAAAAAGAAGACCUUACUAUUGGAGAUUUCUAUGGAAUUUUGGCUUAAGUGUUGCAGAGAUACUAAGAAAGUAGGUUCAGGCUUUUCUAAGAUUUUAUCUACUUCAAUGGAAAGAAGAGAAAAAUCAUUGUUGGAAAAUCCUAUUUUUAUAGCUGGUAUCUAUUUAGACCCAAGAUUUCAAUGUCUCCUUGAUGAUGACUCCAGGUAUAAAGCAAUUAACACUUUAGUUGAUGUGUGGAAGAUGAUUUUAUGGUUAGAUAAAAAUUCAAUGCCAAUUUCAAAUGAUGAAAUUAUUGUAUCUGCAACUCAUUGUGAAGUUGACAAUCAUAAUUUGUCAAAUGUUGAAGUUGAUGAUUUGGAAGAUUUUAUUCAAACUAAAACAUGUAUUUCUAUACAAGAACAAAAUGAAAGUGUUGAAGGAAUACCAAUUCGUUUGUUGUUGCAAAGCUAUGAUAAUGUUCAACGUUUACAUAAUUCCACGAGUAUUAGACAGUAUUGGCAGGAUUUGAGAUUGAUUAAACCAGAGCUAUUUAGAUUAGCACAAGUAAUCCUAAGUGUUCCUGUCACUCAAGUAAGUACUGAACAUUUUUAGAUUAUUAAUAAUUUUAGUCUUAACUUCUAUUAUUAAUGUUAUUCAAUUUUAA